CACGUUUUACCGUUUCCGGCACAACCUCGACCGAGGAUUGUCUGACAACUCGUGCAGAAACUUGCCUAAGUUUGAUCAACCUUAAAAGCUGAGCAAGUGUUUGUCAUCCCUCGCGAAUCCUGCCGUGGCUUUCAACUCACCAGUAAAGCGGUCUGACAUUUGACGAGUGUUUCCUGCAAAUGUAAAUAUUUCACUUUCUGAAAGUCCGAACCAAACUUCUGCGGCUUGGCUACGCUAGGCUAGGCUAGGCUAGGCUAGGCUAAGCUAAGCUAAGCUAACUCCGGCUAACCCCUUCAUGGCUCCUCUCCGGGUUCUGUGUGUACACGGUUACCGGCAGAACGGCGGCUCGUUCCGCGAGAAGACGGGAGCUCUGCGGAAGCUGCUGAAGAAACAGGUGGAGCUGGUUUACCUGAGCGCACCGCACGGCGUCCGGCAAGGCUGCAGCGAAGAAGCUCCGGAGAAGGAGGACGGUUCGGCUCCUGGCCCUGGCGGUGACGAGGACUCCAGGGGCUGGUGGUUUUCGGACGUCCAGGCUCGGAGUUUCAGCGCUCAGCAGCAGUGCGAGGAGAGCCUGGGGCUCGACGAGAGCGUGGCAGUUGUGAGGGAAGCUGUGCAAGUCCAGGGGCCAUUCGACGGCAUCCUGGGCUUCAGUCAGGGAGCAGCAUUCGUGGCCAUCCUUUGCUCUCUCCAGGAGCAAAAACUGGAGCCGGAGUUCAGCUUCCGCUUUGCCGUCCUUGUCGCUGGCUUCCGCAGCGCGUGUUUGGAACACUUGAAGUUCUACAGCGCUCCCCUCCGCAUCCCCUCCCUGCACGUGUUUGGACUAGAGGACCGAGUCAUCCCCGACGACAUGAGCAGAGAGCUCCUCCCUUCCUUCCUCGAGCCUCGGGUCCUGACGCAUCCCGGUGGCCAUUUUGUUCCGGCCGCAUCUGCUCACAGACCAACGUACCAGGACUUUCUCAAGAGUUUCCAGUGAGAAGAGCUACAACCUGUGACCUCAGCACUUAGAUAUGCUUGUUUAAUGUUUAAUGUCAUGAUGCUGGGGUUUUUUUCUCUGAUCUGAUCAGAUCCAUCCAAAACAGUUCAGCGACUGCUGUUCUUCUCAGGGAAGAUGUCUUGUAAUAGGCAAUAAAUAAGAGGACAGCUGUUUAUUUAAUCUA